CACAGAUUUGCAUUGUACAACUAUGUCCCGAUUCUUCAGACAAGGCAGCGAUUCAGACUCUGAUUCAGAGGAAUCUGAUGAGGAGCUCCUCACUAGCGGCGACGAAGAUGCUGCUGCACCAAAAACUGCCGCCAAACCCGCCAUGUCAAGAUUCCUACGUACAGCAGGAAGCGAGUCUAGUAGCUCAGACUCAGAGUCAUCCGAUGAGGACGAAAGCGACAAAGGAAGUGAAGACGAGGGUGUCAGACGGGUCAUAAAAAGCACCAAGGACAAGCGCUUGGAGGAAAUUGAGGCCACCGGCAAGGUCAUGGACAACGGGCUCAAAAUUAACGACUGGGUCGUCAUUUCAAACGAAUUCGACAAGCUCCUGCGUCUCGUGCAGCGACAGAGUAAUGCUGCGGAACCAUUACCUCCGUUCUUUGUCAAGACCGUUAUAAGCCUAGAGAACUCCCUUAAUGCUGCUCUGACGAAGGAGAAGGAGGCGAAGAAGAAGAUGAACGCUACCAAUGCUCGAGCACUCAAUUCCAUGAAGCAGAAAGUCCGCAAAACGGCUAAAGAAUUUGAAAAUGAAGUUCAGCAAUACCAGAAUGAUCCAGAGGCAUUCGAACGUGAAUUUGCCGCUCAUGCUCAACCUGUGGACGUCGUAGUCCCCAAACAGAAGAAACAGAAGAAGGGUACAGACUCUGAGAGUGACGAGGAACAGGUAUUGGAUGAUCGAUUUACCACGGUAGGCAAGGGCGGCAAGGCUAUGUCUUUCUCCGCAGACAACAUCUUCAAAACUUUAAAGCUCGUUCAUGAGGCUCGUGGCAAGAAGAACACCGACCGAGGUGAACAAAUACGGAUCCUCGAGAAACUCCUGGAAGUAGCUGUUACAUCCUACCAACGUAUCCGCAUCCUCCUGGCGCUUGUUUCAUCCCGGUUUGACUACAAUUCAUCGAUUACAUCAUACAUGCCAACUGAACUGUGGCUCUCGGCGCAACAUGAAGUCGAUCAGUUGAUCUCAAUUGUGGUCGCGGACUCAUCCUACUCCGUGCAGGAGGACACUGUAGAUUAUGAUGAGCUCAUCGAGCGCCAUCCUUCCACCGAGAGCGACGGGGUUGUCCGCAUCCGUGGCAGCAUAAUCAGCUUUGUAGAUCGAUUGGAUGACGAAUUCACGAAGAGUCUACAAAAUAUUGAUCCCCAUGGAACGGAGUACGUGGACCGUCUUAAGGACGAGAAGGUACUCUAUCGUACUAUCUGCCGUUCCCAAGCUUUCUAUGAGCGGACGAGUCAGCCGGAACCGCUUGCACGGGUGGUCAUGCGACGGCUGGAGCAUAUUUAUUCCAAGCCUGAUGCUGUCGUAUCUGCUCUCGAGUCUUCACUGGCUUCGUCGGAGAUAACUCCGAGUGUUACUCUGGCAUCUUCUACUACUACUUCGUCCCUGAUCCACUCCCUUUGCGUCCACCUUUAUAAAGCCGACAACUCCCUCCUGCGCACCCGUGCCAUGCUCAGUCACAUCUACCAUCAUGCUUUACACAACGACUUUUAUGCUGCACGAGACAUGUUGCUCAUGUCGCAUCUGCAGGAGUCAAUUCAUUCUGCGGACGUUGCAACACAGAUCUUGUACAACCGGACCGUUGUACAGCUCGGGCUUUGUGCUUUCAGAUGUGGGUUGAUCAAGGAGGCCCAAGCAACGCUGCAAGACAUCUUCACAACACAGCGCGUGAAAGAGUUGCUCGCUCAGGGUGUCCACCAACAACGCUUCCAGCAACAACUCACACCAGAGCAAGAGAAGGCAGAACGAUCACGCCAGCUGCCAUUCCAUAUGCAUAUAAACACCGAGCUUCUCGAGGCGGCUUUCCUUGUAUCCAGCAUGCUUGUUGAGGUUCCCCUUCUUGCCAGCAUUGAGUCAGAGGAGCAGAAGCGCAAAGCGAUCUCAAAACCAUUCCGCCGGCUACUCGACUUUGCCGAUCGCCAAGUAUUCACAGGCCCUCCUGAGAGCACGCGCGAUCACAUAAUGCAGGCGAGCAAGGCGCUACAAGACGGCGAGUGGGAGAAAUGCCGCGACCUGAUUCAGAGCAUCAAAAUUUGGAGUCUUAUGCCUGAAGUUGCGUCAGUCAAAGAAAUGCUUGCGAAACGUAUUCAAGAGCAAGGACUGCGCACGUACCUUUUCACAUAUGCACCUUAUUACAGCACUCUCUCACUAUCUCUCCUGUCACGCACAUUUUCUCUUCCACUUCGCGCUGUUACUUCCAUGAUCUCCAAAAUGAUCUGGAACGAAGAGCUGUCAGCAUCUCUUGAUCAGUCGACUGGUGUGGUGGUAUUCCACCGCAUCGAGCACUCACGCCCGCAGCAGCUUGCUCAGGUUAUUGCGGACAAAGUUAGCGCACUUCUCGAGCAGAAUGAAAAAGUCCUUGAUAUAAAGCUUGGCGGCAGUGGUGGAUGGGGUGACAGGAGCGGUGACAAGGGUGAGAAGCGUGGUGAACAAACUCAAGAGCGUAGAGGAAGAGGAGACAGGACACGAGGAAGCGUGCGCGGUGGUUCCCGUGGACGAGGCUCGCGAUUUGCCCAGGGUCUUGGUAAUCAAAUGACAAGAGUACGAUGAUCUUCACGAUGUGUCAAUGUUGUGUUUAGUGUGCAAUGUACUCAUCUGAAUUAAUCUAUCUUGUUCAAAGUUCAAAA